AUGUUCACAGAUCCUUUGAACGAGCUCCUUACCGAGGCGCAGUACGAGUCGGGGCGUUCUAUGCCCCCCUCCAACUGCGAGACUCCAGGUCAAAUAUCGAUGACAGAGGUGUUUCCCGCGCCGGAGAUGCCGAUCACAACGACUGCGGGGGCACUCGGCCGUGCCUACUCCUUCCACUCUGGUGACCACGGCCGGCGGCGAGCGAGCUCCUCUGUCCAAAUGGCUGGGGGUAUCAUCAGCGUCGCCACCCACGACGGCGAGGAACUUCACUACCCCGUCGUGCAAGGACGCGCUGGCGGAAGCCUGUCGCCGCACUCGCACUCGGCGGAGUCGUCCCCGAGCAUUGCCGCGCGAUCGAACUUGGCAGCCCGCGUUCAUCGACUCACCUCGAUCACCUCCAGAUCUACGUCUUCUCAUAGCAUACUGCAAGGCGCGAUCGACUCUGGAGGCGCUGAUGAAGGCAAGAUCAGCGCUGACACGCGGGAGGCCUACCGACACAGCCGCCUCACCCCGUCAUCGAUUCAGCGACAUCGACACGUAAGCGGUGCGACCAGCCGUACCCCGCCAGCCGCGCUCGCCUUGCGCAGUGAGCCUGUCCAGGAGUCCACGCAACCGAGCCCGACCCAUGUUGCCACGCCCUCCUGGUCGAUGCCGUCGACGCCGCGCCACGGAAUACAGCGCACCCCCCCGUCAGGCAGACGAGCUGAGUGGUCAAGUCUGGCCGCGGAUGGAGUGCUAGGCUGCAGUGCCGACGCAGGCCGAUCUCAGCACACCGCACCUGAAGGUGCUCCAAUCAGGGUGGAGGAGAUGGGGGUGAGCACGCCGGAGAUGGCCGAGUAUUUUGCCGAAAGCGCCAUCGAUGCGGCGCGGCGGCGCGAGUCUUCGGGGAUGCUGAGCAACAGCAGCAGUGCCAGCUGGCCUAUUUUCCACGAACAGGUGGUUCCUCGACGCUCGCUUCCAGAAAGAAGUUCUCAGCCUGCACCUCAGAAUGACAAACACGCUUUUCUGGAGCGUUUCAUGCGCUUCAUGGAAGAUCAGUCCGCAUCGAUGCAGCAGCUACACCAACGGAUGGACGCGCUGGAAAGUACCAGUAACAACCUCCUGGAUCGUGUGCGAAAGAUCGAGUCUCACACAGCCGCCGACGCGGGCGACAUCAACCGAGUAUCAGGGAAGUCUGCCUCUCCGUCCGUCACGCGCACGUCAGACUCGCUGGAGUCUGCGCCGCGGCCCUCGACCCGCGCACCGUCCAAGGCAGUCAACUAA